AUCUCCAUCCCGCAGAUCUAUCCUGGGAAGGAAAUCUCUGGAUAACCGUUAUAUUAUGGGGACUUAUUGUGCAUCCACGAUUAAAAGACUCGAUCACCACUGAAACCAGAAUCAGCGUUACGCGCGACUUAAACCGACAACAGUUUUACGCGCGAAGUGAUCUUCACCUGUGUGGCAGGAUGAAGGUGACUCUCGGCUCUCUGGUGAUCACAGCCGGGAUCUGCGGGCUGCUGAGCUUCGCUUUCCUGGCCACUUCCCUCGGAACGCAGUACUGGUACAUCAUAGAGAUGAAUCCCAUGAAUGUGAGUGACUUUGAGGACAUGAGCUCCCACUCGGGACUGUGGAUCACCAACGAAGGUGAGAAGAAGGUAGACUCCAUUGACUCUUUCACAGCUGACUACUCCAGUUACUCUGAGACUGAGCUGCACCUGCUGAGCAUGCACAGUGCCAUAGUGGUGGUGCUUCCCAUCAGCCUGGUCCUGCUGCUGUUCGGAGGGAUCUGUGGGCUCGUCAGCUAUCUGGCCCGGAGCCCCGUCCUCCUCACCGGCACUGCCGCCUUCUUCUUCCUCUGCAGUCUGAUGACCCUGUGUGGUGUGAGCCUCUACAUGAUCUACUCUUACCAGGCGCUGUCGGAGACGGAGAGGCGGCUGGGGGCGGAGGGUCUGGCCUACGUCAACACCUCCUUCGGCUGGUCUCUGGGUCUGGCCUGGCUCUCCUACGGCCUGGAGCUCCUCACCGGCGUCCUGCUGCUGGUGGCUGCCAAGAUGGCCAAGCAGCAGGGCAGGAGUACCAGAGCCUGA